AUGGCGAUCGACACCGUUCCGCCACUCAUAGCCGCCCAGCUAAAUUUUCUACUCAGCCACUCCUCUUUUCCCGUCAAGGUGGAGCAUAUGUGGUCUGGCUGCAAAAACCCUAGCUUGCUCGAUCGCUUCACUUUACUCAUUCCGUUCUGCCUUGACUAUCUCAAAUGGGAUGUUAUAUACAACGCUGUAUAUCCACUGGCGGCUCCGGAUAUAAUAUUUGGGCCUGAAGAUGAAAAUUUUCGGCCGAAUAAUGAGGUCAAUGAAGCUGGGGACUCAAAAUCUUCUAAAAAUUGUUUGGCUGAUUGGAACAGCAAGGAUCCUAGUCGGCUAUUGCGACUUGUUGUUGAGCUCAGGGAUGCGUAUAUGACAUACCAGAAGAAACGUGUUGGAGAGGUUGACGAUGAUAGAUUGAAAUUCGAACUCAGCACUAUGUUUUUGAGAGAGGGAAUUGAAAUGUGUACGAGUUCAGACAUUGACAAGCCAGAAGAGGUUAGAUUUGCGGUACCUUUAUUGGAGAUGGAUAUAAAUAAAUUGGUUGCUGGGUCCACCUGGAAACGCCCACAAAGGGUAUACUUACAGGUUAUGUUUCCAGUUGGUAAAAAGUCUCCUUCAGCCCCACAUCUGAAGUUGGUGUCAUCUGCUGAAUUGAAGGCUCUAUUUUCUGUUGAUGAUUUUAAACUUCCUCCUUGGUUGGAGGGCAUGUGCAUGGCUGAAUAUCUUCCAACUUUAGAGGAGAUGCUGCAAGCACAGAUUAUAGAUGCAGUCUCAUCGAUUGAAGUAAGAAGAAAGUUUAUUAUGGUUUUGGAGCCUCUGUUCGGAAGACCAUUAGAAGCUGAUCCGGUUUUCUGCAGAAAGGCGACUUUCCUGGCUUGUUCUGGGGUGUUCACUUUUCUGGUGCAUAUUUCCAUUCCUCUUCAGUUUCCGAAGCAGAAACCAACUUUGAUACUUCAAAGUUCACAGCAUUUUAUUUCCAAUGGCGCGCCUGUGAAGUCACCACUGUUGACUGACUAUCGGUGGAGUCCCAGAUGGGAAGCAUCAGAAAUGGCUGGGCGAAUCUUUGACUUUGUUGUUGAAGAAUGUGUGAACUUCAAGAAGUACUGCAAUGAGAGUAUGGGAGGCCAAUGCGGGAACCAAAUUGGGUCCAAAUUCUGGGAAGUAAUCUGUGAUGAGCACGGGAUUGAUCCGACAGGUAGGUUUAAGGGUGAGUCUGGUGAAGGUUUGUUCGACCUGCAGUUGGAACGGAUCAAUGUGUAUUACAAUGAGUCAUCCGGGGGAAGGUAUGUUCCGCGGGCUGUUUUAAUGGAUCUCGAACCUGGGACCAUGGACUCCAUUAGAUCCGGCCCGUAUGGGCAGAUCUUCCGGCCCGAUAACUUUGUUUUUGGGCAGUCUGGGGCUGGGAAUAACUGGGCCAAGGGGCAUUAUACGGAAGGCGCUGAGUUGAUUGAUGCCGUUCUUGAUGUUGUGCGUAAAGAGGUGGAAAAUUGUGAUUGCUUGCAAGGAUUUCAAGUAUGUCACUCGCUUGGAGGAGGGACAGGUUCUGGCAUGGGUACCCUUUUGAUUUCAAAGAUAAGAGAGGAAUACCCAGACAGAAUGAUGCUCACUUUCUCUGUUUUUCCAUCGCCAAAGGUCUCGGACACCGUUGUAGAACCCUAUAAUGCUACACUUUCAGUGCACCAGCUGGUGGAAAAUGCGGAUGAAUGUAUGGUCCUUGACAAUGAAGCGCUCUAUGAUAUCUGUUUCAGGACCUUGAAGCUCAGUAAUCCAAGCUUUGGUGAUUUGAACCAUCUGAUCUCUGCAACUAUGAGUGGGGUAACCUGUUGCUUGAGAUUUCCCGGCCAGCUGAACUCAGACCUCCGGAAGCUGGCCGUGAACUUGAUACCUUUCCCACGUCUUCACUUCUUCAUGGUUGGAUUUGCACCACUCACCUCUCGUGGAUCACAGCACUACAUCUCUCUCACUGUCCCGGAGCUAACUCAACAAAUGUGGGACUCGAAGAAUAUGAUGUGUGCUGCUGACCCGCGUCAUGGACGUUAUCUAACAGCCUCCGCCAUGUUCAGAGGGAAAAUGAGCACCAAAGAGGUCGACGAACAGAUGCUUAACGUGCAGAACAAGAACUCAUCAUACUUCGUUGAAUGGAUUCCAAACAAUGUCAAGUCUAGUGUUUGUGAUAUCCCACCAACUGGCCUGAAAAUGGCAUCGACUUUCAUAGGUAAUUCAACUUCGAUUCAAGAAAUGUUUAGGAGAGUGAGCGAGCAAUUUACGGCCAUGUUUCGACGCAAGGCCUUCUUGCACUGGUACACUGGAGAAGGGAUGGAUGAAAUGGAGUUCACUGAAGCUGAGAGUAAUAUGAACGAUCUGGUAGCAGAGUACCAGCAAUACCAGGAUGCCACUGCAGAGGAAGAAGACGACUACGAGGAGGAGGGCGUUGAAGAGCAGUAUGAGGGCUAA